AUGUCAGGAGCUAGUAGACUUAAUCCCGAAGACGAGAGGAUCCUCCGAAGGAUAAGAAGAGCAGAAAGAGGAAAGGGGAUAGUCGGUGAAGAGGAAUCAGAGGGAGAGGACCAAGUCAUGGAGGACGACAUGCACAAUCCUCCUGGAGGAGCUGCUAACAAUGAUGGACCACCUAGAAGGGUGCUAUCUUCUUACACCAUCCCUGAUCCAAAACAUUGUGGGAGCAGUAUUGCCACUCCAACUGUUCAGGCCAAUAACUUUGAGUUAAAACCCCAACUCAUCACUUUGGUGCAAAACAACUGCUCCUAUGGAGGGGGACCUCUUGAAGAUCCAAAUCAACAUCUGUCUGUUUUUCUAAGGAUAUGCAAUACAGUGAAGACCAAUGGAGUACACCCAGAUGUCUACAAACUGCUGCUAUUUCCAUUCUCUUUGAGGGACAAAGCCACUCAAUGGCUAGAGUUAUUCGCCAAGGAAAGCCUCAAUGAUUGGAAUGAAGUGAUGAGCAGAUUUCUAGCAAAGUUCUACCCACCUCAAAAGAUCAUCAAGUUGAAGACAGAGGUUCAGACUUUUAGGCAAAUGGACGGGGAGUCGUUAUAUGAAGCCUGGGAAAGAAUCUCCAAUCUUGAAGCCACCUUGCAAGCACUCAAUCAAACCACACAAGCACUUGCUCUAAGCACUCAAGCCUUAAUUAAGGGACAAAAGGAACAUGAGGCCACCAUAAAGAAUAUUGAGCGACAAGUGGGACAAUUAGCCAAACAAGCUGAACGGCCAACCAAUGUUCUCCCAAGUGACACAAUACCCAACCCGAGAGAAGAGUGUAAAGCUCUGCAGUUGAGGAGUGGCAAGGUAGUUGGAGAAAGUUCGAAUAAAGAAGCAAUAAAAUCCAAGGAGAAAGACAUAGUGGAGAAACAAGUGGAAGGGCAAGAUGAAGAAAAAGCUUCAACAUCUCAAAGCAGCAAGGAGGCUAUCAAACCACAAGGCAAACCACCCAGUCAAGAGAACCACCACGAUGACAAGGGGAAUGUGAAGCCACAACAAGAAAACAAAAAUGAAGGAGUAAAAGCUUAUGUACCCAAGCUUCCAUACCCAACCAGGAUACAUAAAGGAGCAAAGGACCAACAAUUCCCAAGAUUCUUAGAAAUCUUUAAGAAACUCGAAAUCAACAUCCCAUUGGCAGAAGCUCUGGAACAAAUGCCAUUAUAUGCAAAAUUUCUUAAGGAAUUGAUCACCAAGAAGAGAAGUUGGCAAGAAAAAGAAACAGUGAUUCUCACUCAAGAGUGCAGUGCCAUCAUUCAAAAAGGGCUACCACCAAAGCUCAAAGAUCCUGGCAGCUUCCUCAUACCCUGCACGAUUGGGAACAUGGCCAUUGACAAAUCACUUUGUGAUCUGGGAGCAAGCAUUAACUUAAUGUCCCUUACCAUGAUGAAGAGAUUGAAGAGCUUAAACCCACAAGGGUGUCACUCCAACUCGCUGACAGAUCCAUCAAAAUACCAAAUGGAGUAG